UGAAUAUAAUUUUUUUUUGUACGUAUUUGCGACCCACGAGGAAUUUCCGCAAUGUUUGUUUUCGAUUGUUCAAAAACGUGUAAAAAUGUCAUUUCGUGGUCCUGUUACUAAAAUCACAUGAACUAUUUGGUGUUUCUACUCUGUGAAUAAUAUAACAACAAUAUUUCUGUGUAUAGAAACUGUAAACAAAGGCGUUCGAGUUCGAAACAUUCGGAGGUUAUGUUUAAACCGGUUAAAGCGGGAAAGUUGUCAGAAAUUCAGCGUGAUGCAACAAUUUUUAAAUUAUUAAAUAAUACAGGGAAAACUUCUAAAAUUAUGAUAUCUUUUUUGACAAUAUUUAUAUGAUGUUUACGAAAUUAAUCGUCAAACAUUUUGCUCGACGAUUACAACUUAACAAAAUUGAUAAUGCUGUGGCCACACGGUUUUAUCAUUCGAUCGAUGAUUUUCCUGCGAUCUCGAAUGUGCAAAUAAAAAAAACACUUAAACAAUUCAACAUCGGCUAUCAAGAUGGACAUGCCUGUAUUCUCACUGAUUGCCCUUUGUGUGCAGCUGAAAAACGCAAAGAUUCUAAGGUUUACAUCAAUAAAACUACAGGUUUUUUUAUGUGCCAAAAUUGUAGACACACAGGCCCUUGGACGACCCUGGAAAAAUUUUUCUACCCUAAAAAAUCUAGUAAAAUAAUGGAGGAGCUUACAAUGCUUAAAUCAAAUUUACAAAGGGAGGAAGAUUUUAGGGACGAAUGGAAAACCCUAGAGGACACAAGUGAAAUUGUUUCAGAGUUGUCGGAGGAUCGCUUCAAGAGUAUUCUUCAAAAAUUCUCCUUACCAGAACUGAGCCAAGAAUCGAUGUCCUAUUUCAAUUGCCUGUAUGAAAAUAAGUCGCAAGAGUUAUAUUUUCCACUGACAACUGCUGGCAGUCACAUAGUUGGUUAUAAGACUCUAACUUCAGUUCCGAGAGUAAGCGAGAAGACAGUGCCUGCGUUGAACACCAGCGGAUUGUUGGUGUACCGACAAAAAAAUGCAAAAGCAGAUUGUCCGGCCGUCAUAGUGCCUUCUAUCCUCGAUCUUUUGGCGCUGGUGUCAACUAAAUCAGCACCGCUCGUGAUAUGUUUGCCGUACGGUUUGCAGCAAUUGCCGCAGCAGAUUUUACCCAGUCUCGAGAGCUACAAAAAAUUAAUUCUCUGGUUCGGCAAUGACGAACCGAGCUGGGAUACCGCGAGAAAUUUUGCCAAGAAACUCAAUGAAAAAAGGUGCCACUUUGUUCGACCAACGGAUUUGCAACCGAGACCAAAAACCGCUGCAACUUUGGGCUAUGAUCUCAAAACUAUCCUACACAAUGCACAGCCAAUUUGGCACAAAAGCAUUACUACUUUUCACAGUCUCCGUGAAGAUGUUCUCAGUGACCUACAAAAUAUUGAAAAAGUUCAGGGCGUCAAGUGGACCCGAUAUCCUGCUCUCAACCGAAUUUUGAAAGGCCAUCGUCGGGGAGAAUUUACAGUAUUGACCGGACCUACUGGAUCUGGGAAAACGACAUUCAUGAGCGAGUAUUCACUUGACCUAGCAAUGCAGGGCGUCAAUACGCUCUGGGGAAGUUUUGAAAUAAGAAAUGCAAGGCUAGCGCGAACAAUGCUGCAGCAAAUGGCAGGAGUUUGUCUAGACGAGAAUAUUCAACAUUUCGACACUUUCGCCGAUGAUUUCGAGAAAUUACCGAUUUACUUCAUGACCUUUCAUGGCCAACAAAGUGUCAAAGUUGUUAUGGAAGCGGUCGAGCAUGCUACGUACGUUCACGAUAUUGCACACGUUAUAAUCGACAAUGUGCAAUUCAUGAUGGGAACUUCCGAGGAUUCAAAACAUAUUGAUAGAUUUUGGCGACAGGACGUUAUUGUAUCAGCAUUUCGAGGAUUUGCGACCAAGUACAACUGUCACGUGACCCUGGUAAUUCAUCCACGAAAAGAAAGAGAGGAGGAAGAUCUGACGACAGCCUCAAUAUUCGGCGGAGCGAAAGCUAGUCAAGAAGCGGACAACAUUCUUAUUAUUCAAGACAAAAGAUUGACCGCUGUCCGGGGAAAAAAGUAUUUACAGGUCGCGAAAAAUCGAUACAGUGGCGAUUUAGGUGUUAUGAUUAUGGAAUUCGACAAGAAAACUUUAAGUUAUGAGCAAAAGAAAAAGACGAAAAGUGAAACAAAUCUAGAAGAGGGGAAAAAUACUCUAAAAACUGGUGAUGGAACAACCAACGUCAUAAAAACUGUCGAUUGAAUAAUUCAAUAAAGUUUUUCCAUUUUUCUUCCCUCCUGAGUUUGCACCUGUGCCAUUUUGUACAAAGUUUUUUUCACGAAAAUCAAUCCUUAUCAUGUAUAAAAUUUUGUAAAUAAAAUGUGUUUUUCUCUACA